GCGAGGCAAGUUCGGGGCAAUAACUUUGCGCGUUUUUCUUUUUCAUUUAAUUUUCCGCUAUCUAAAUGGCGGCGAUGAGUAACGUUUAUCCUUUUCACGCGCGAUUUCCGCUGGAUGUGUACGCCGCCGGAGGAUCCCGGAAGAAUCCGGGGCGAUGCGACGUGAAAAUACAUAACACAAUAUAUUCGGGAGAUGUUCCGGCGGCAAGUCGAUAUCGGUAAUCUACAUCUGCUUAGCGGAGCUGGAAGUUUAUGUGAGUGUGAGGAAUUGCGGAUUUAUAGAUAGACGAGUGAGAAAAACACUGCGUGAGAAAUUUCCGGCGUUACCGGAAUGCUCCGGAUUUAAAAUUCGAACUCGGUAAUGAAAUUCGGGCUCUAUUUAAUAGAACUGUCAUACCCGAAUAGUCUGACCGCAACUCAAGCCACCGACUGACUCAUUAAACCACACGAAACAUUCCAUCAAUUAGAUAACAUGUCUUAUCACACUCGUCCACAAGAUUUCGCAAAAAAAUAAAAGCAAAAAUCGGCGAAUGCAACACCACCGAAAUUACACAACGACAAAGAAGUAUAAAAGUACCAGUUGUUGUAGCAACGAUUUAGUUAACACUUGCAGCAAUGACGACUCUUUGGUUCUUCAUCAUACCCAUCGUACAUUUAGUUUUCGCCGAAGACGACGGCAGCUACUCAUACCACAAAUUUAGCGGACCAGUGAGUGGGAACAUCCGCGAGGUGGUAGUACCUAGGCGCUACCCCAACCAAGGAUAUACUCUGGACUAUGUGGCGACGCCAGACUAUCUGUAUUCGUAUGGGGUGGAAGACCCAUUAAAUCUGAAUCGACAGAUUCAUAGAGAAACCAGAAACGGAGAUAACGUACAGGGAGAAUACAAGGUACUACAACCCGAUGGGCUGGUGAGGAUUGUCAAGUACAGCGCCGAUGGUACUAAUGGGUUUACGGCGACUGUGCGAUACGUUAAAUUGUAG